AGUCAGUUGUUUCGACCACCGGUCCUCAUUAAUGAUUUCGGCGUAGGACCGGCCGGUAGUGUUUUUUUCUCCCCCGAUGCUAAAUAUCUUAUGAUACGAAAUUCACAUUAAAAAAUUUGUUUAAAUCUCAAAGCCAAUUCGUUUCGAUCGUUUCGAAACCCCGUGUCGUCCGUCAUUAAUCCCGUCAGCGCUGAGCCAGUCGAUUCGACCGAAAGGUGGUGCUACAUAGGAAACUCGACCCCCUCCACAGGCACAGAUAUAUAAAUACUAGUGGGGGAAGGAAACGCGUUCAUUCUUGGUGUGAGUCUCGAUAAGCCAACAUUGUAAGGCUUGACUAAACCGGAAAAUUUCAAAGCUACUUUGCCUUUUCUUUCAAGUCGACCCAAAGUUCUAAAACCAACUAUUCAAUAUGCGUGAAUGUAUCUCUGUACACGUUGGACAAGCUGGAGUCCAGAUCGGAAAUGCCUGCUGGGAGUUGUACUGCCUUGAGCAUGGCAUCCAGCCUGAUGGUCAAAUGCCAUCAGACAAAACUAUUGGAGGAGGUGACGACUCUUUCAACACCUUCUUCUCCGAAACCGGAGCUGGAAAACACGUCCCCAGGGCAGUUUUUGUGGAUCUCGAACCGACUGUAGUUGAUGAGGUUCGUACUGGGACAUACAGACAAUUGUUCCACCCUGAACAGUUGAUCACCGGAAAAGAAGAUGCUGCCAACAAUUACGCUCGUGGACAUUACACUAUCGGGAAAGAAAUCGUCGACUUGGUACUUGACAGGAUCCGAAAAUUGGCCGACCAAUGCACUGGACUCCAAGGAUUUUUGAUCUUCCAUUCUUUUGGAGGUGGCACUGGCUCCGGAUUUACUUCCCUCCUCAUGGAACGUCUCUCGGUCGAUUACGGAAAGAAAUCAAAGCUUGAAUUCGCCAUCUACCCAGCUCCUCAGGUAUCUACAGCCGUUGUUGAGCCUUACAACUCCAUCCUCACAACCCACACUACUUUGGAACACUCUGACUGUGCAUUCAUGGUCGACAAUGAAGCUAUUUAUGACAUCUGUCGCCGUAACUUGGACAUUGAACGCCCUACUUACACCAACUUGAACCGUCUCAUCGGUCAAAUCGUGUCAUCCAUCACUGCCUCCUUGAGAUUUGAUGGUGCUCUCAAUGUAGAUCUUACUGAAUUCCAAACUAACUUGGUCCCCUACCCCAGAAUCCACUUCCCUCUUGUCACCUAUGCCCCUGUUAUUUCUGCUGAAAAGGCAUACCAUGAACAACUGUCUGUUGGAGAAAUCACCAACGCUUGCUUUGAGCCAGCCAACCAGAUGGUGAAAUGCGACCCGAGGCACGGAAAAUACAUGGCCUGCUGCAUGUUGUACAGAGGUGAUGUCGUGCCCAAGGAUGUCAACGCCGCCAUCGCCACGAUCAAGACCAAGAGGACAAUCCAGUUUGUCGACUGGUGCCCCACAGGUUUCAAGGUCGGGAUCAACUACCAACCACCCACUGUCGUCCCAGGUGGUGACUUGGCUAAGGUACAACGUGCUGUCUGCAUGUUGUCCAACACCACUGCCAUCGCCGAGGCUUGGGCAAGGCUCGACCACAAAUUCGACUUGAUGUACGCCAAGCGUGCUUUUGUCCACUGGUACGUCGGUGAGGGUAUGGAAGAAGGUGAGUUCUCCGAAGCCAGAGAAGAUUUAGCCGCCCUCGAGAAGGAUUACGAAGAAGUCGGCAUGGACUCAGCAGAGGGAGAUGGCGAGGGUGCUGAAGAGUACUAAAAGCAAACGAAUUGAAUUAUUUUUUACAUUUAUAUUUUUUUAUUUGCCUCCCUUUCCAAUUCUGUUAUUGGCCAAGGUACUCUUUAAGGGCGUUCUUAAUUGAAAUAUAAAUUGAAUCAUUUA